AGUCGGAUACAAUACGCAUAGUUCAUUACAAUCAGGAAUAGGGUAGUGGCAGAAUAUUCGACAAUCGACAUUGUUCAUUUGCUUGUGUAUCGAGCGAGUCAAUCUUCGUGAAUUACAGAAAGUGUAUUCCAUCUCGUAAAAAUGGAGGUGGAGUUAAAACAAAAAUAAAAAUCAGAUUUACUUUAAGUAACGAUAAAAAGUUAAACGAUUUGCGCUCAUGGAUUAAAGGAUAAUUAGUGGAGUUAAGUGUUCGCAAAAUGCUAGCCUCAAAUUAACCCGUUAAACAGUUUCAUGGUUUGGGUUGGUUGAAUAGUUAUUUGAAAAGUACAAAAUGAGCAACUGGGCGAGGCGAAUGCACCGGCGAGCUGCUACAUUAAGCAAUGUGGUUACAUCUUGUGGUCAUCCUAAUUCUCUGCCAUAUCCGAGGAGACUUGAAAAAGUGAAGUUCGGUGUUCCCCUGCACGAAGUUUGCAAGGAUGACAUACCGGGCCCUUUGCUUGUACUGAUAUUAAAGCUGAAUAAAGAGGCACCGCUGCGGCGCGAUGUGUUUCGCGCUCCUGGACAUCAAGGAGCCAUGAAAAAGCUUAUACAUUUCUUACAGACUGGUCGUCUAGUCAAUGUGGAUAAUUACUCUGUGUAUACUAUUGCCAGUGUACUCAAGAAGUUUCUUAGAAAAAUCCCGGGUGGAGUGUUCGGUCGUGAAGGUGAAAUGCAUCUGUUUACGGCAGUGGAGCUACCUGCAGAUCAACAAGUUGACGCUAUAAGACGGUUGCUAUUGUCACUGCCUGUCUGCACGCAGAGAUUAUUGGUACUACUCUUCGGCACGUUUCGGGUGAUGGCAUCUAACGCUGACAAAGCUGGCACAGGAAUGACAUCAGAAGCCCUGGGCGUGUCGGUGGCACCGUCGUUCUUCCACUCGUGCGUGUCCGAUGGGAAGACAGCUACAAUGGAGGAUGUACAAAGAUUCAAGGCUGAAGUCUCCGUGGCAACCCGCAUUAUGCGACAACUGAUUGAGCAGUUCAGCGCGGGCGACCUGUUCGGGAGGGAGAAUUACGAGUACUACGCUCGUGUCACGGGUCGGAUAUUACGUGUGAGAGACGAGUGGAUAUGCUCGUUCCGGGACCCGCCGCCGCCUCGACACCACCGCGACCAGGAGGCGUAUGCCAGGCAGCUGUCUUUAGAAGCAGAAAAAACAUGGCUUCAGUGUGAAUGCGACCGUUGGGGUAACAAGUUCAAUUUAGAAGGUCUAUCAAAAUCUGAGGAGUGCCAGUCGAUGCCGGCUCUGAUGGGAGCCGUGGGCGGAACGGGAGCGGGUACUGGACUGGGCAUCAUUCCUGAACACAGCCUUCUGGACUCCUGCACACGUCUCUCUAUCUCGCUCGAAGAGAGCGUAUUUAAGGUCUCCGUCAGUUCAUCAUCGCAGUCGUCUCGCAGCAACUCCAGCCCGCACAUGACGCUAGAGGAACUGCGUGCCAUUAACAAGUACGCAGAGAGCACAAAGAGCCUCUCCUACUUACCGCAGGUGCACGAGCGGCAGCGGGCGCGGAUGCGGACGCGCUCCGAGUGGUUCCUGCAGCCCGCCGCCUCGCUGGACGCGGCCCGCCCGCGCGCAAGCGGCUCGCGGCGGCGCUCGCGGCGCGCGCGCGUGUGUCGCGCCCUCACGCACUCCGACACUGAGGUCCCGCUCGCUCUCCAGCCUCGUCAAGUGACCGCCUGACACCUCCCGCCCACGCCCUGACACCGCCGCCUCGCCUCGCGCGCCACCGUUCUCGUAUGCAUACGUUCGCGCACACACUAUCGACUGCUGUUUUUGAGAUAUUCGUGCCAACCCCUCUGUUAUGUAAAAUCUUGUAUGUGAGCAGAGACGUACUUUUUGGUUUAAAUUUCUCGUCAAACUUCAAAUUUAAAAAUAGCAGUUAUACAUUACACUCACACCUGUAACGAAUUUUAAACUUAACCUCCGACUCGAUAUUUCCAAUUAAAUAUGUUGUGACCAGCACGCCAGCAUAUGAAUGCCAUCGAUUAUUUAUAAUAAUCUGUACUAUUUAUGUUAGCAUGAAAUAAAUAAACCUAUUUGACGUUAUCUCUUAUCAUAUUCCGACAACAUAUAUAAAUAUAGGAACAACAAUCGAAAAUUAGUAAUUAAAAUUAUCAUUCGUAUAGAUCUUGUGUCAUAAUCCUGAAAGUGAUAGUAGUGAUCUACGUAACUUAAAUUAAAUCGAUGAUCUACAAUUAAUGUUGAAAUUGAGCUUACAAACAGAAUUUAACAAAAAAUAUAUUACGAACAAAUUUCUGAACAAUUUUGUGACAAAUUUCACACAUGUCAUGCCACAAGUUACUAAUUAGCAACGAAUAUAAAAAUUAAAAAAAAGAUAAACAAUUUCAUAAAUAUUUUGUAAAUAUGCGCUCUCUGUAAAUUUUUUAAGUAGUUUCAAUUACAACAUAUAUAUACCUAAUUAGCUACGUAAGUUCAGAAAUCUUUACAAAAUACAUUUAGAGAAAAAGUCAAUAAUAAAGUAAAUUUUUCUUUUACAAUAUGUUUCACGCAUAUUCAGUAGAGCAAUUGAAUUAAUUGCCGUAUAUUUCCUAUAAAUAUAUCUAAUGCAUUUAAUUUACCAAAUUGUAGUCUAUAUUAAUUAGUAAAAAAAUUUUUUUUUUAUAUCGAAACUUAAUUUUAUUUUAAACGGUUGACGUUUUUGAUUAGAACGGAAAUUUGGAAUGUGUUCGUAUUUGACCACUUUUAAACAUUCCUGUAAAUAUAUCUAGGUUAUUGUUAUAGAACGUGCACAUUAAGAGCGCGUUACAAUAUUGAAAGAAUAAUUAUUUUAUAAACAACUUACACUACUGCAUUUUUCUCUACCUCGUAUGUAUGUUUUUUUUUUUUGGCUUAUUUGAUCAUCAAUGUAUUCCAUAAUGCCAAAAUUUCUAUUCAUUAUAAUAUAACUUUAAAACAAUAUUUUUUAAUCUUGACUUCGAUAAAACAGGAACAGUAUUUUUUCUAAUGUUAUUGUUUAGUAUAUAAAUAUCAUACCAUGUAAGAUUCUAAAAAUAUUUGUUGAAUUUUCAAUAUUAUAGACAAGUAUCGGAAUUAAUGAAAGUGUUUAAAGUCAAAGUAUUUCGGAUUAUAUAUUCAUUUUAGAAAAAAGACUGAAAAAAUGUAAAAUUUACUCUACAGCGCUACAUAAAAAUUCAACUUAAUUUUUACAAUAUUAAUAUGGUUUUGAAUUAAAGGAUUUGAGAUUUGUUGUCUAUUGUAUGUAGUACAAAUAAAGUGGGUGUUUUGUCUAUAAUUCUAUAGUAAUGGAAGUGUCGAUGCUUCUAACAUAAAUUAUAGGUGCUAGUUGAUUGUGAAAUCUCUUAUUAUUAAAAAUAGUAUUAAUUUCAAAUAAUAUUGAUACAUUUUUCUGAUGUAUCGAAAUACAUUUAAUAUGUUAGUUGUACGUUUACGUUUUUGAUAAACUUAUUGACGUAGAUUAUUUGUACAGGCUGUUUUAUCGCUUCAAAAUACGCGUAUAGAAAUUGAUUAGUAUAUAUGUUUCGGUUUUUGUUCAAAUAUCUUUACGUCAAAUUAUAACUGAUAUUUUUUAUUUAAAUUUAUUCUAAUUUCGCGAUCCGGUGUGACUUCAUAAUGAAGAUAUAAUUUUAUAUUUUGUCCCAAAUUAAUUUUUAAUGGGUUUCAUAAAUUUGUUCAGCACUCAAGUGCUUCAUUUUUUUUUUAAUUUGACAUACUAUUUCUAUACUAACUAGAUUUAAUAAGGAGUGCUAAAACGGGCUCUAAGUCAUACUAUGUUUAUAUUUAUUCAUCAUUCAUGACACCUACAUUGAGCACGUGUUAAGCACAUCUAAUUGUUUAGGUUAAUAGGUAAAUAUAUAUUUUUUUGUGUAUAUUGUUUAAGCUGCCUGAUUAUUUUUACGCGUGCAGCAGUGUGCAUAACACUUUAUGUUUGUAUAACUUUUAUUACGUAUCAAUUGUGUUAAUAAAGCAAAAGGCUUUCGUAUGAUACAGUCAGCUUGUUUGUAUAAAGAGUAUUGUUUGCAUUAAAAAUUUUACAAACAUAAAUAUAUGAUUGUGAAUGAAAAUAAUUUGUAAGUUUUAAUGCUAGUUUAUUUCGCUAAUAGUCAUGCGAAAGGCAGCUCAAUAUAUUUAUGAAUUCCUAGUGGUUGUGGUGUAGCAGCUACGCGUAAGGCUAACUGUGGCCAUAUUUAAGGUACCUUAUCAUUCUGUUAGCAUUUUUAUACGUUGAAGUAUUUAUUCAAGGAUAAUUUCACGAGACCUACGUGAACUAUUCCGUAGUAUAAUCUUUAAAGUAAUAUUCGAUAGUUAGUAAAACUUUUCUUGGAUUUUCAUUGGCCAAGAUCUUGUGUUCAUUGAUUAGUUAUAGGUUAUGAUAGUUUAAUUUCUUAUUAUCUAUAUUAUUAAUGUAUAGGGUAGUUAGUCCUUAGAUGGAAUAAUUUGGUGCUAUUGUCAUUUUAGAAGAUAUAAAAUUCUUGGCAAUAGCAACAAAUACUAAAUGUUAAAUACAUUAUAAACUUUAAUCAAACGCGUCCUAUUCUUUUUCAAAUCACACCUUUGAUUAACAUCAAUUAUUAUAGUAUAGAAAGUUUUGUACUAUGGUAAGUUUUUGAAUAUUGUUGGGUACAUAUGAUUUGUAUAAGACUGUUCUAAUUGAAUUUGUAUUUUAUUAUAAUAAACACUCGAAUAUGUAAAAUACCUAAUCAUUCCACCGACUUAAGUAUUGAUCAAAACAUUGCUUUGGGUAUUACUGUCGUAAAUUAUUAAGUUAGCAUAGAUCUCGGAGCUUUAACAAUGUCACGAACAAUGUUAUUAUUUUAGUUUUUCAUUAGAACGAUUUUUUGUUUUGUUAACGGUACUUGAACUGACAUGUUAUAUUAUUUCUAAUUUGAGUUAUAUUGUUAGUGCAAUGGACGAUAAACGGAGAUGUGAAAUUUUUAUGUCUAUUUUCUUUUAAAAUUGUACAUGAAUAGCAAGUAUAUAAUAGUUUUAAUUUAUUUUAGAAUAUUUGUAAUAUGGUAUUUGCUUAUGUGCAUUAAGUUUUUAUAGAUUUUCACAUUAUAUUUGCACAUUUUUCUAUACAAAUUAUAAAGAAUAACACGAAAAUAAAAGUAUAUGAAUAAA